AUGUCCGUUCCCGCGAUCCGUCUCGCGGCUAAAAAGUCCGCGAGGGACUGCACAGGCACUGUCCAAUUGCUGUGUCAUGUCAAGCCUGGGGUCAGUGCAGAGCGCGAGGGCAUCGCAGCGGUAUCGAAUGAGCGCAUCGACAUAUGCGUUGCGGCUCAACCAAAAGACGGCGAGGCAAACAAGGCAGUGAGGGAAGUUAUUGCUGAUGCGCUUCGAGUCGCAAAGUCUGACGUUGAAGUCGUAAAGGGGAUGAAGAGCAGGGACAAGACCGUGGCUGUUCAGGUGGGCGUCAAAGGCACGGCUGAGCAAGAAGUCAAUCGCAUCAGAGCGGUGUUGGAGAGCACGAUAUGA